UUCUCUAUACCUGGUCUCCUACAGUACACAGCACAUUUUUGUAAAUAUAAACUGCUAAAUACCUUUUCUCCUCUAUCAGUGUCCAGCAGAGCACUGGUAAAAGCUUAUAGGAGGAGUAUAUUCAUUUUCCCCCAAUUACCCUAUGAGGUUGCAGGGCCCCUGACCGUCUGUCUGGAAAGUGCUGAUUGGUCCUGUGCUGAUCACAUGCACUCUCCCAAAAAGAAAAAAAAAACCCUCUAGCAAUACACACCAAACUGAGCAUGUGCAGCUUCCCCCCAAGGCUCUGUACUCUCAUCAGAUGAUUUAGGGACAGUAGAAGAAGGGGAUCAGAAAAGACAUGAUCAAACAUCCUUUUUACACAAUGUGGAGGAUUAACCCUUCAGGUUCCACAGUGAGUAUAACAAGCAUAACCUAAAAUUGUAUCAUCCUAUAUACUGAAUUCAC